UCUUCCCCGUUGGACAUGCCGUUUAGCGGUCAAUAUGACCGCUGAACGAUGUAAACAAAGUUUCCCCACUUCGUAUCUCUUCGUAUGACAUCGUAACCCCAUGAAAUACACAUCAUUCGAAAGCUUAUUCAUUCAGCUUUCUUUUGAUGCCCAAAUAAGGGCAUUCUCGAUAAGUUUCGGCUAACAUCGGAGAUUUUUCCGAAGAGUGUCUGAUCGCUCAGCUCAGCUCGAUCACUCGCACGUACAACGCAAUCACAGUGCAUACUGUAUGCUAAACUAUCUGCGACGACUUUGAACCUCCGGUGAAUUUGCGAUCAAAAUGUCGGAUUUCGAGAGUGAUACAAUGUCAGGCAUGGAUUCUGACGAAGAAUCAUAUCUGGAUGACCUGCUGACAGGAAAAUAUGUGGCUGAUUUGAACGAUUUGGAUGAUUUUUCAUCCGAUGAAGAGGAGCCAUCAACCUCGACUCAGCCAAGUCAGGGGCGGUCUCGUAAGCGAAAGCACGCAACGUCAAUUGCACAGAGAAAACCAGCAAAACGGAAAUCUACUGCUACGCCUACCUGCAACUGGAAGAGCUACGAUGACGUAGAUGAUGGGGUACCACCAGCCCGGCUGACCAAUUUCAAGGCGAAACGCGAUCCAGGGAUUGUACUCACCAAUAUCAGGACUCGUCAAGGUGUCUCCACGAUGACUAGGGCAAUCGAUUUUUUCCGGCUGUUUUUCUCCAUCGAGGUCUUAGGACAAUUGUGCAUGUUCACCAAUGAAUAUGCACGUCAACACAUUCAUGAAAAACCUUCGUAUGCAACAUCUUCUGGUGACUGGAAACCAGUGGGAGUAGAAGAGAUGGAACAACUUUGCGGACUGCUUAUUUACAUGGGACUUGUACCUUUACCUGAUUUAGAAUUGUAUUUUAGUACAUCUUUUCCAUAUCAUGGUACCUGGGCGCGGGCAUAUUUAACUAAGGAUAGGCUAAAAGGGAUCUUGUGUUUUCUCAAAAUUACGGACCCAAAUACUGAAGGUGAUAAGGACCCCCUACGUAAGGUAAAUUAUCUCCUGAAGCAUAUGAAAGAAACUUGUAAACAACUUUAUCAACCUGGGGAACAUAUUAGUAUAGAUGAAAGGAUGGUAAAAUCAAAGGGAAGGUUCGGUUUUAUUCAGUAUAUUAGGGACAAACCUACUAAGUGGGGGUUCAAGUUGUGGGUGCUGGCCGACUCCUCAAAUGCGUAUACAUAUGAUUUUGAUGUUUACGUUGGACGACGUACGGUAUCUAGUAAACAUGGAUUAGGUUAUGAUGUAGUAAUGGAACUAUGUAAGGAUCUUCAUCACCAAGGGUACAAGUUGUAUAUUGAUAAUUUCUACACAUCAACUCAAUUAUUGAAGGACCUAAAACGUAAGGGUAUCUUUGCGUGCGGAACCAUUAGAUGUAACCGGAAGGGUUUUCCAAAAGAAUUCAAGGACACAAUGAAACAGUGGGAGAAAGACACAGAAAGGGGUGAAAUGAGAUGGAUUAGGGAUGAAGAUGUUGUUGUAAUUCAAUGGAAGGAUAAGAAAGUAAUAAGUGUUAUGUCCAGCUACCAUCCUGGUAAUAAGAACACCCACUGUACGAGGAAUACAAGGGCAAAUGGGGAACACAAAGAAAUUAAAGUGAAACAACCAAUCGCUUUUGCAGCUUAUAACAAAUAUAUGGGGGGUGUUGACAAAUCCGAUCAGUUGAUAGGAAAUUAUAAUGUUCUACGAAAGACAAAUAAGUAUUGGAAGACCCUUUUCUAUCAUAUGGUAGAUAUAGCUGUAGUUAACUCCUAUAUUUUAUUCUGUGAGAUGAAGAAACUUCAUCCCGGUGUUUCAGGCUUUGAGCGGAAGUCCCGCUUUCUUCAGCGGCAGUUCAGGGAAGAGCUGGCAAUGCAACUGGGUGGUAUAAAGAAGGAUGAUCCAGUUCCAUUGUACAGACCUGUAACUCCUGUUGCUUCUAAAAGAAGUGGGGCUCAUGAUGCAACAUCAGCUAUGCACCUUCCCGUUGAAGAUUCCGAGGGUCGUAGGAGAACAUGUAAGGUAUGCUAUGCGUCCAAGGGUAAUAAUGCCAAUAAAUCCAAAAUGAUAUGCUCUGUCUGUAAAGUACACCUCUGCACCAAUAGAAAUUGCUUCUAUGAUUUCCACACCAACCCAAAAUAUUCCUCUUCUCUCCAAUAACUUUUCCAAACACCAAGGGCUGUUGCAGUAGGUAAGUUUAGAUUUGUCUGGUAAGUAUUAUUUUGUUGUCAGUCUGUCUUAUUUUUCUAAUAAAUGUAUGAUAUUUUAUUUGAUCUUGUCCAAGAUUUUAUUUUUAUUUACAUUAGUUAUCUGUCAUUGAUUAAUUUCUUUGUAAUCAUCCUGACAGUAAAUAGAGUGAGGAAAAAAUAGUAAAGAAGGAUAUGAUGAUAUGAGGCAGUACAUAAUGAUCAUGUAACUGCGCUUUUAUUUUCUAUUGCAGGUAUUGGUCAUAUUCAUAUUUAUGUCAUUUAAAUAUUAUUUAUAAUAUGUCUAUAUUCUAUUGUAAUAGUCUUUCUGGUUACUUACCUUAUCUAAAAGAAACUUUUGAAAAAAAAAAUCUUUUCUGACCUGUAGUUAUUGAAAUAUCAUGAAAUCUUAUGUUUUCUAUUGUUCCGAAAAUUAAUAUUCAUGAAAUUGUUUUACCUAAUUUGCAUACUACACAAUCCUCUGAUGAUUAAAAACCAAAUAUUAAGUUUAUCCUAUAACUUGACUCUUACCAUUGCAAUUUUAUUGCAAUUGUAAGUAUGAAGAGGAUUUUAAUUACAUUAAUUUUCUUUGUAUUCUGAUUUUUCAGAAAUUCAUGAAUAUUCGUAUUAUUAUCAAUAUAAUUAUUUUGAAUAAUAAUUAGCCAUAGAAAUUUAAUAUUACUUUUUGAUUUAUGAUCUCUGAUGUCAAAUUCAACAAUUUCAGAUGUUUCAUAGAUAAUGAAAAUGUAGAAGGGUGUGAAAUAUUGGUAUAAAGUUGAAUUUUAGUGUGUAAUUAUAAAUUUUUAGAUGAAUUUAUGAAUAUUAAUGAGGAUAUAUUCGCAUACCUUAACAUGUAAUUACAUUUUCACUCAUAUCAUUUUGAAGUUUGAACCUUGACCUUUCAUUUGAUAUAUGAUUUGACUAUAUUACUCAAUAAAUGGUUGAUAAAAUCACAUCUAGAAGUUCUGGUGUUGUUUUGUUAGUAUUUGUACCUGUUUUACAGCCAAUGGGUAAGGGUUAAGAC